AUGGCUGUGGUCAAAGGAGUAUUUGGCUAUGCCUUCAGCUCGAAAACAAUGAUGGCGGAUGCUCUUCACGGCGCCACAGACGCCAUGUCAGAUAUCAUCGCUCUCGUUGCUAUAACGUGGGGUUCGCGGCCGCCUACAAACCAAUUCCCCUACGGUCAUGGUAAGAUAGAGAGCCUAGGAGCGCUUGGCGUUUCUGCAAUCCUUCUUCUAGGGGGCUUCAGCAUGGGACUCAAUAGCCUCCAUUUCUUGCUGAAGGCGUUUUGGCGAGGCAAGAUGUCGAUUGCCAAUAAAGCGGCCCAUGAAGAAGUACAUGUUGGGGUUUCCCCCUGCUCAGAUGACGGCCUUUUAUCACAUUUGUUCGUAGUAGCAAUCUCGCUAGCAACUAUCGCAGCAAAGGAAUGGUUAUAUUCAGCGAAGCGUGGGUCAACAGUCCUGGCUUCCAACGCGCUCCAUCACAGGAUCGAUAGCUUCACAGAGGUGAUAAUAAUCUGUGUCAUCCUCGCAAGCAAAUUGAUUCAGGAUGUUGCGUGGCUGGACCCUGUUGGUGGCUUGUUUAUUUCCUUUAUGGCAAUCAAACCUGCCGCUGAGUUUACCAUGACAGCCUUGCGUGAACUUUCAGACCAUACUAUUGGCGAGGAGGUUAAGGGAACGGUUAGUCUGUGCAGUGAAGAGAUAUUGAGGGAUAUUGAUGCGUCAGGCAACGUGAAAAUAAUUAGUAUCAUGGGAACUAAGUCAGGUCAAAAGACGCUGAUCAGUCUGGAGAUGGCAAUGCCAAGCAACUGGACCAUCAAUGAGGCUUCGGAGCUCGAAGGCGAAUUCUGCACUGAGUUCCACAGGAGGAUGCACAUUACCUGCCGCGCGCAGGUUCACGUCAGGCCAGCGGAGUAG